GCUGGUCUGCUGGCUUUGCUUGAUGAAAAUGAACAUGAUUUAAAGGUAAGUUUUCUUCUCUCUCUCCUAUAAGAACUAUAUAACUCCUGUUAUAGGAUGUAAUUUUUCUCCAAACUGUUUUUGAUGAUAUAAUGAUAAUUACUAACUGAGAGAAGUUUUUAAUUAAUAUAAUAUGCUUACAACCGAUAUUUACAUCUUUCAUUGGAACAGGUCUUUGCCCUUAAAAAUCUGCACCACAUUGUUGAUGUAUUCUGGGCAGAAAUCUCUGAGUCUGUGGAAAAAAUGUGAGGUUUAUUUUUUCAAACUACUGCUUUUUCUUACAAUUAAUUAAGCUCUUUUGGUCAUGCAUAUGUAUAUUUAGACUUGAAUGAUGUGUGUGGCCUUAUAAUGUACAUGUAUAAUAUACUUUAAUAGCUUUGUGAUUGUAUGGUUUGAAAAGGGUAAACAAAAUAUUUGACCCUCUUACAAAAGUUAAAUCCUUGUUAGGGUGUGGUUUUUGAUUUGAACUGUGUUUCUCCUACCGAACAGUGAAGUGUUAUAUGAAGAUGAAGCAUUCAAGCAAAGACAGCUUUCAGCCCUGCUGGCAUCAAAGGUAUAAUUUAUACUGUAAACUAAUCCUCGCAUAAACUUAGCUGUCAGAAGUUACUCAUCUCAGAAAGAAAGUAAUCAUAAAAUGCAGUAGACUACUGACAGGGAAUUUGACGUAGAAAUGUGCAGUCCACACAAGUGAUUAGUGGUUUUCACACCCACUGGUUGGAUAAUGAGUUGGAGAAUAGCAGUUACAUUAAAUUUUACCAAUAGACCAUUUCUUCGGAGCAGGCCCAGAGACUAAAUUGCAUACCAAGAGUUUACUAUCCAACCAUUUUUUUGGCAUAUUUUGGUUUCUGUGUGGUUCAUACCAAAACAAGUAUUCACCUUACUGUUGGUGAUAAAUAGUGGAUGUUUACCUCAACUUUGGUAAAUAAUUUUUUAUUAUCAUAAGGUGCAUGUUAAUGAUGAUUAGAACUCUAGUUGUGUGAAAUUCUUCAAAUCAAUGUAUGUUUAGUUCAAACAGUCGUUGAUCAAUUAGAAAAAUCAUGAUCUACUUGAUACCAGUCUUAGUCUUUGAAACUUACCAGUUACUUUUCAAUGUCAUUGUUUUUCAGGUGUACUACCACCUUGGAGCCUUUGACGAUUCCUUAGCAUAUGCACUUGGAGCAGGAGACCUGUUUGAUGUGAAUGGGCAUUCAGAAUAUGUGGAAACUAUCAUUGGUAUGGUUAAUGAUUUUUAACACAAAAGAAAUUGUUUCCUGUUUUAGUAAAAAUGUAAUUUUCAUCACCAUAGUUUAGUUUUGGUGUAGAGAAUAAUGAAGAACUGAUAUGAAAAUUGGUGCAAAUUCAAUAUUCAUUUUCAAAAGUGCUUCACCAUACAUGUAUGUUAAUGAUCGAAUAUUCCAAAAUGAACUUAAGUUGUUACCCCCUUCCAACCUAACAUUAACAUACAAAUUCUCCACACUGUUCUUUUUACAUUUUCUUUGAUACUGAUAAGGAGACAACUAUAAAUUAUGUAUUAGCUUCCUAUCCUAGCAGAAGCAGUAUGCAGGAAGUUUGUCAAAAAGGCCUUGCCUGUGACAAAUGUCCUAUAGCUCAAUGGAAAGGCAUCUAUUGAACCAAUUGAUAGGUCUUGGGCUCUACUCCUAUUAGGCACAGUGGGAGUUUUUUUUUUCUCAAAGUAUACCUGUGUUAUUCUUGGAAUGAUAUCCUCUUUCAUUUAAAACAAUAGGUUCAAAUUUUGCCAUCUUCAUUUACAUCAUUAUUGCCUAAGGAGAAUUCUGUUGACAAUCAGGAACUUUUUGAGUUGGUGAUCAUUUUCUCUGUUCUCAUAACCUCUACAUUUGAUUCAAGUGUAAUACUGUGAGGAGAAAUUAGGAGCCAUCCACUAUUAGGGUGAAAGGAUUAAAUAUACAGUAUGGAUAAAUUAGUGUUUUACUUUGCAGCAAAAUGCAUUGAUUCAUACACUGAGAAAAGAGUUUAUAAAGCGGAAAACCCAGAUGAAGAUGUUACUAUAGAUACAAGACUUGAAGCCAUUGUGGACAGGAUGUUCAAAAGAUGUUUUGAUGAUGGAAAAUACAAACAGGUUAAUAUUUUAACGAUAUGAUAUGUACAGUACAGUAUUGUGUAAGAGUAACACCAGCGAAAUGGGCAAAUUUCAUUUUUUGUUCAUGGGAACUUUCAUGUGAAAGUUCAAAUGAUAAUUUAAGGCUUUUUGAGGGAAAAUUCUGUUGAAUUCAUUGAUAUUUAGUCAAAUUUUUGCUUCAGAAAUAAGUUGAGUGAAAUUUCAGGAUAAAAAGUCUCGGUUUACUGUAAAAAUUUUGUUCAGAGCUGUCUCCUAGUGGUCGUGCCUGCAUUGUAUAUACUGUAAAGUGCUACUUGUACAUUAUGCUUGAAGAUAUAGAUGUUUCAUACAAUGGAUGCAUCCAGGAGAGGAAUUAGCAACUAUCUGUAAUAAACUUUUCAACUAAAUUACAGCACAGUACAAAAAAACACAACACAUGAUUUAUCUCAUUUUAUGGUUUAAUACAUAAUGCAGGAAAAUAUUUUGUGUGUUGUAUUUUAUUUAUACAAACAACAAGAAAAGAGGCUGUGCUUAUUGAAUGCCAAAGCUGUACAUGCAAUCCAGUGGAUAAAAGAUUUGUCAUUUGGACCUAAGAUAUUACUGAAAGUUAUAUUUUAUUGUUAUAUUAGGCUGUUGGAAUUGCCCUGGAAACAAGAAGACUGGACAUAUUUGAACAAGCAAUUUUGAAAUCAGUGAGUUGUUUCUUGUCAAAACUUGUGAAGUUUGAAUCUCAAAGCCAAAAACAAGUUAAAUGUUGUGAUAUUAACUGAAUGUAAUCCUUUGUUCAGGAUGAUGUGCCUGGAAUGUUGUCCUACAGCCUAACAGUCUGUAUGUCAUUGAUACAAAGUAGACAGUUUAGAAAUAAGGUAGGCAACUUUAAUAAUUUUGCAAUUGUAAACAUAGAGUCGAAUUUGAAAAAGCUAAAUUGUCACAAUUGACUCUCAAUACAUCAGGCUCUGGUUGUUUCCAGGGUGGAUUAUGCUAUUUCCACUGGAUAGAUCUCUAUCUGUUGGAUAGCACAAUCUGUGCAUUUUGGUAACAGUUAUCACUGGAUAGCAAGUUAUCUGGAAGAUAGCACUAUCUGCCCUUCAAACAACUAGGGCCAUAUGUUUAAGUAAUGAUGUGCUAUUUCCUGAUUUUCAAUGUAUGUCUCUUUUUACUUGCAAAGGCAUAACAAAUACAGCAUAUUCAGCUUUGAUUGACCCUUUGAGUCCCAAGAUCUGAUUGCUAAGUAAAUUCUCCCCUCUAGCUGCAACAUAUCUCCUUGUACAUUAGUUUUGAGAAUUUGGUGUUGGAUCACGAUAACAACUUCCACCUGAUUAGUUUGAGUAUUCUUAUUACCUGUGUGCAGGUUAAUGUAAGGAUGAUUAUUAUAGGGAGAAGUUACAUACUAAUCACUUCUGGAAGGUAAAGGGUUAAAUACACUGCAUCUUUCCUUUUGCAGGUUCUGAGAGUCUUGGUACAACUGUACAUGAAUCUAGCAACGCCAGACUUCAUCAGUGUCUGUCAGGUUUGUAUAUUUUUUAAAAACCACUGCACAAGUAUGUAUUUGACAUUUACAUAAUGAUUUGAAAUUCACCUUGGUGAAUGAGUUUCAGUUUAUUUUUGUGUUGACAAAAUAUGGUAACUUUGGGUUUAAAUGUACAUGGUGUAUAUUUUAAAUCUUCAGUGUUUCAUAUUUCUUGAUGAUGCUCAAGGAGUAGCUGACAUCUUGGAGAAACUUAUAAAAGACAAUGAGGUAAGAUGAUUCAAACAGUGUAUUUUAAACUGUACUGUUAUGUAAAAAUGCAUAAAAUGGGUAAGCUUCUAAAAAAUUGUGGUGGAAGAGUAUAACAAGAUAAUUUGAUGAAAAGCUGACCCUUGAAAAUCAGCUUUAGAGACUCUUUUAUGGGGGUCAAUUUGCAUUAUCAACUCAGAAAGAGAUGAGAUGGAGACAGAAAUGCCCUGUGGCUACAAUUUAAGACUCCCCAACCAAAGGUCUGUGUUUACUUAAGGUAUAUGUAGUACACUGUCAGUUGUAGCAAAAUUUUGGCUCAUUGUGAGGCUCUAGGUGUACAUGUACCUGCCAUCAUAUCUUAUUAGCCAAUCUAUAAGUUACAACCUGUACAUGUACACUGUAACUCAGGCUUUUUCUUCAAAUUAACAGAAAGAUCAAACCUUGAUGGCCUACCAGAUUGCUUUUGAUCUGUAUGAAGGAGCCACUCAACAGUUCUUGUCAUCUGUAACAUCUGUGCUAAAAGCCACAGUAGCUUUUGUGUCCAGUACUGGAGCAACAGGCACUGACGCCUCUGCAGAGGGAAAAGCUGAUAAGAAUGGCAUUACAGAGAAGUCAGGGUGAGUAAUUCACAUACCCACAAGAAAUCUCAAUCCUUUUAGCCCCCAUAAGUGAUUAACAUGUAACUUCUCCCUGCAAUAUAAUAUCCAUACAUUAUCUGGAAAACAGGUAAUGAGAUCUAGAGUACUCAAACUUAUCAGUUAGAAGCUGUUAUCUUGAUGUAAUACCAAAUUCUCCCAAGUAAUAAUUAUACAAGGAAAUGUGUAGCAGCUAGAAGGGAGAAUCAACAAUCAGAUCAGUGAUAAGUCACAGUGGCUGACCUUUGUAUAAAAAACAUCACAAAUAAUCUCCAGCUCUGGAAUCAUUCCACAGAUGGACACUACUGUAAUGUGAAUUUGUGUCACUCAUUAUGAAGACAAAAUUCUGUCGCUGAGAUAAAGAUUUCAUCAAAACUUCUGGAUGUCACACCUUUAAAAUUUUUUGUCUGCAUAACAUCCUUCACUGUAUCUCCUCAUUCUAUGAUCUUAAUCAAAAAUAUAUCUGCCACUGAACUUCAUUGUGAUGAAAACUGAUGUUUCAUUUGAUUUAUAGUGAUGUAGCUAUGGAAACUGAUGAAGCAGAGAAGGAAGUUCCUGCUAAGAAGCCAAAACCAGAUGCUGUUUUGGUGAGUGAUCAAUAUUGGUAAUAGGACUGAUUAGAUUCCAAUUCAGCCUGAAAUCAUACGAGUGAUUGACAAAAUUGGACGACCGUGAAGCACGAGUCCAAUUUGUCCAUUAUGAGUAUGAUUACAGAAUUAGAUGACACAAAGUCUUGUUGCCAAUUAAUCAAAACCAUGACAAAAUUUGAGAAAGAAACUAGAUUAAAUGUUAUACAUUUUUAUUAGUAAACAACAAUUAACCAGGCAAAAUGUGAGACAAUAGCACAUGCACAUUACGUGUUCUGUCCACUUUUACAGGCAUGAUGUGUUAAGUGUCCCUUAACCUGUUCUAUUACACUGUCCAAUUACAAGCAUGAUGUGUACACUGUCCUAUUGGUGUUCCAAUUGGGCUGGUGAUACAGAAACUAACAGUGCAAGCUAACUACAGUAAUAAAAAAAAAGUACUGCCCUCCCCCCAUAAAAAGAAGUGGAUUCUUUGUAAUCUAAUAAUUGUUGUUGUUGUUGUUUUUUUUCAAUGCAUCACAGAGUGAAAGUGAUAAAAAACUGGUUGACAAAGUUGAUAAGUUGGUGGCAAUCCUGGGUGGAGAGACUACCAUUGCCCUUCAUCUGGAAUUCCUUAUCAGAAAUAACCAUGCAGAUCUACUCAUUCUCAAAAACACAAAGGUACUUGCAUUCUGUAUUUUUUAUAAAUGAACCCAAGAGUUGUUUUGCACUCCAUGAACAUCUCCUGAAUGUCAGUAUAUUGGGCCGCAAUAUUUUUACUGUAUUUUGAAGUAUGAAAGUGAACUUCAAACUCUCAUUUACACCUGAAGGCAGUGCUUUUCAAGCAGCUGUUUUGUCCAAGCAGCAACAGCAAAAUUAAAGAACGUCUAUAGUGCAGUUAAAAAAUAUGGACUCCAUUGGUUUUGUGAUCAGAUGCUUUUUCAGUUGUUGAAAUAAAACAAUUUCCCCUCUCAAUUUCAGUCUCCGCACAGUCUAUGUACUUGUAAUUUGAUGCUGACAUAAUUCACCAAUCGGAGUUAUUAAAGGCACACUGUACAUGUAAACUGCACCUGUCUGUUUCUAUUUUCUUUGUUUUAUUUAGUUACUUUUGUUUAUUUGUAUUUAAGAGAGAAGAGGUAGAGAAUGUUAAUGCCAGAUAAUUUUGUUCACAAAAGUAUUGGCCCUCAGUCACUUCUAGAAGUUAAAUUUCACAGGUCUUAUUUUCUUUAUUUCUUUUGUACAGGAUGCUUCUAGAAAUUCAGUUUGUCACACAGCCACUGUAAUAGCUAAUUCCUAUAUGCACUGUGGGACAACAAGUGACACCUUCCUUCGGUAUGCUAUUAACUGAAGUUCAAACAUUUUAACCAUGUUGUACCUUACUUUUGAUUUAUUAAUGGUUUGCUUUUCUGACCAAGGAAGUGAAUAAUUAAUAAAAAUUAUUUUUUCUUCAUGAACAAAUAGAAAUAACCUGGAAUGGCUUGGAAGGGCUACAAACUGGGCAAAAUUUACAGCAACAGCAAGCUUAGGAGUUAUUCACAGGGUGGGUAAAUCUGUCUGUAUGUGUCUGUUGUAUCUUUUCACUCUCUCAGUGUUGCUGCAAAUGGUGACUAACUACACGUAUGUACAUGUAAAAUUGAAACUCUCUGAAGCUCCUUAACGAAGGCAUUGACAAAACUCCCACUAAAUGGUUACACUGUUUAAAGCCACAUUCAUUUCAAAAUUGAGAAAAAAACGGAACAAAAAAGAGGGGUUUAAAAUAAAUAGCCUGAUGGCAUUGUUCAUAGAUUCUGCCACAGUGCAUGCAUGAAAAUUAGCUUUGCCAUAAGGGAACCCAUCCCCAACACUCAGUACUAACUUUUUAAAGUAAAUUCAAAGAGACAGAUAUAUCUAAAGAGAAUUAGCUAAAGCUACAACAUUGUUAAUAUUGAGCACCUUAUUUUCAGGGCUUGUGCCUUGUCACUUGUUGAUCAUUAGUUUAUAGAUUUUGAGAGAAUGAGAGUUGAUUACUGAUAAGGCUGUGAAAGACAGAAGUUGCAAGGGCUAGUGCUUUGUUGUUUGUUGAUCAUUAGUUUAUAGAUUUUGAGAGGAUGAGAGUUAGUUACUGAUAAGGCUGUGAAAAACAGAAGUUGCAUGUCAUUGAUGGGAAACAAAGGGUGUUUUCAGGCAGAAGGAGAGGAUAUUAAUUUUUAACCCUUUUACUUGCUGCAAGUGUCUGGCUUCUAAUUUCUCCCUAAUAUCACCCCUGAAUCAAGAUUGCAAGAAAAAAGGAAGUAAUCACUGUUGUGGUUCAAUUUUAUCCUUGGUUCAAAUUUUACUUUUUUUUGUUUCUGGUUAUUGUAAUGUAUGAUAAUGAGUUUGAAACAAAGGAGAGUAAAAUUUGAACCAAGGAUAAGAUUGAACCACAACAUCACCAAGUAAAGAAGCUCUUGAUCGUUAAACAAAUUCUCCUUGUCAGCACCUUAGGAAAUUUAUAGAGAACAUUAAGGAGAAUAUGCAUACUGAUGUUAGGAUGCAAAAAGGUGAAGGGUGUACAGUUCAUUUCUUUCCUGUCCUUAAAUUUUUUUUUCUUUCUCUCGUUUUUUCAACUUAAAGUUAGCGGUACUUUUUUUUAUUCAGAGGUGCAAUUAAUAAAUGCUUUUUGCAUGUGUUAAAUAACAAUACAUCUGAUUGAAUAGAUUGAUUCUUUUUUUAUUUAAAGGGUCAUGAGCAAGAUGCACUGAAACUAAUGUCCACUUAUCUACCGAAAGAUGGCAGUGGAGGGAGUGCUUACCAGGAGGGAGGAGGCUUGUUUGCACUGGGUAACUAUUGUUAGUUAUAAUUUUAUAAUAAGCUCAGUUAUGGAUGUAUUCUGAUUGGUUCUCACUUAUGAUCUAUUGGAGGACAGACGUAUAGAUGAUGUCAUCAUUAAAACUUUUUUUUCUGUAUAUUUUAAUUCUUUAUUUUAUAAAACAAAUAGAUAAUAGAGUACUUUUGAUGGAUUGUCUUAAAAAACACAAACCAACAAGUGGUAAGCAAAGGUCAGGGGAAAAUUAAAUGUGACAAGAAGUCAGCAAGUGCUUAAAGCAAUAAGCUGUGAGCCCUCAAGCCAUUGAAAAAUGAAAAUAGAAAGUAAACAGGUGUGUAAAAUGAGAAAAAAAAUAUGCUUUGUGUCUUGACACAAACAUACUAAGGUCUCCUUUCAGAAUUGAGUCCAAGACUUUUGGAUUUUUGCACUCUGAUAUUCUUCUUUCUCUAUUAUGCAUUUCACUUCUAAACUUAAGUACUCAAGUGCUUGUCAUUGGUUAGUUUUGCAUCUGAUUGGUUGAGAGUGAAUAAAAAUAAAUGGGAGAGGGUAGUGAUGCAAUCCAAGAUUUUAAUUUUCCAAGGGUUAAACUUGAGGAGGUUGGAUAUGCACGUAAAGUUCAUUUACACGUAAUGUCAUUUUCUUAAUAUUUCUUGAUUUGGUUACAGGCUUGAUUCAUGCUAACCAUGGUGGCAAGAUUAUAGAGUAUCUUUUACAGCAACUGAAGAAUGCAACAACAGAUGUAAGAUUCUACUCCUUGAAGUCAGAAUGUUUAUAACUUCAUUAAAAACAUGCGUGUUAUUUAUUGCUGGGCAAUUUUUUAUUACCUACUUUGUUGUGUUUAAUUUGCAAUCCAAAGUGUGCAUACAUGCAUGUUUUCAUGUAUGAUGCCUGUCUCGGAUUUAAAGUGAUUGAACAGACACAAGUGUAAAUUUCAAGCUUUAUUAUUUUACUCUAAAGGGCUUCAAGUCUUGAAUAAGUUCUAAAAUGGACAGACAAACUGAGGAAUGAGGAAGCUACAUAACUAUGACUAGUUGAUAUUUAAAAUGAGGCAGUAAUACUCAAAUUCAUUGGAGAUGUAAAAUGUACUUGUAUUUUUCUUUCAGAUGGUGAGGCAUGGAGGCUGCCUUGGACUUGGACUGGCAGCCAUGGGCUCUGCAAGACAAGGUAUGUCACUAAGAAGGUAUUUCUACCAUGCAGUGUUUUCAGCGCGGCAGCAAAAUUUUUUCAUAAAGCUGGUCGAUAAUUGAUUCAGAAAUAAUGAAAGAAGGAUGUGGCAUAGUUGUCCAGUUCUGUCGUACCUGUGAGGUGUUGACCAAUCAGCAGAAACUGUAGUCCUUUUCAAGAGUACCCCUACAUGACUAUUUAUGUCAGCUGUCACGCUGGCACUCUCCUUGGGAAGAAUUUGAAGUUUUUGUUUGUCUUGUAAUUUAGAUGUCUAUGAGCAGUUGAAAACACAGCUUUGGGAAGAUGAUGCCGUGACAGGUUAGUAAUUCUUUGAUAUCUUAAGUUUAUUCCUUUGGUUGUUAUAAAUUUUUCUGGUGUAGGCGUGGCUCGACUAAUGGAAUUUGACAGAGCCCUAUCCAGCAGAAUGUACUCCAUACCCAACAGUAGUAUCCACAGGUGAUACUCCAUUAAAAAUUCUUCCACUCUUCUAGAGAAGAUUAGUCAAUUAAAGUCUCCAUAUUCAUGUGCAACUCAAAGGUUUUGACUUGGGGAACUGUUGGUACUUUGACCAAACACUUGGAGAGAUGCUUAACAUUUGGCGAGUUCUCCUCGAGAAGCUGCAGUGCAUUUGAUUGCAGAUAGAGGAGUUUACCGAGUUUUUUUUAUGUUACAGGUGAAGCUUGUGGUCUUGCCAUGGGUCUUGUGAUGCUUGGAUCAAAAUCUGCCACAGCUAUCGAGGAGAUGGUUGGGGUACGUUUGUUUCUGUUUUAAAAAGCCAUUCCCCACCCCACCCUGUCCCUGAUGGAAGGUAAUUAGUUUUCAGGGAUUCCUCUGUAGGGCGUGAUAGGGAGAGAGGGAACAGGAAAAUAUACUAUUGCCAUGAAUGUGUCCAUAUUUUUCUCCAGAAUUGUUGCCCGCACUGAAUUAAUACUCAGUAGGCACAUCUUUUGGUUGAGAACCUGCGAAACGAAAACAGUUUCUUUUUAAUUUUUUGAUAUGAGCUUAUUUUCUACCGCAACACUACCUACAAUCUAGCCCAAACGGAUAAAAGUGAAAGUACUUUUCGGGUUUUUUUUUAAAUUUUAUUUUAUUAUCUGGGGAAGGAGAGAGACAGGCUUUUAUGAUAUAAAAAACGUUUCGUUUCCUCUGUUGUAGAUUGGUCAUGCCCCCUAUCAUUCAAUUUUUGACUUCAGUGGCUGGCUUUGUUUUGAUAAAAUGUAAUUGUUUGUGUCUGAUCUGUGUUUGACUCGCAGUAUGCUCAAGAAACUCAGCACGAAAAAAUCCUUCGUGGGCUCUCUUUAGGCAUUGCUUUGGUAAGUUCAAUGAACCGAAUUACUUAGUGGCUGCGUACCUUGUUCAUAAUUGCGAUGAUAGGAACAGCUUUCGUUGUGUUUCCCACAGGCAAAAAUUUAUUCAGAGAAAAGAAUCUUCCUCAGAGUUAGAACGAGGUCACGGAAAGAUAUAAGAUGCAAUCCACUGAUCAAACACUUUUGGCGACAGUAGCAAGCUUAUCCGGUUACUGUGAACCAACGAUUGUUCUUGUUAUGUUUUUUUACUCUGACAUUUUAAAAGUGCUGUAACAUGAAGUGCUGAAAAUAUUUUUCCUAUGGGAGGGGAAAGGCAACUAUGAGGGAAGGCUGAAGUUCACUGACAUUUUGUACUCACUUGGCCAGAGGACGUUUUAUUUUAUUAUCUGUGAAAAGUCUGGAUAUCUUGACACUGAUAUUUUCCACGAGCAUGUACAUUUUCGUGUUGAUUAUAAGUGGUCUCUUUGUUUCAUUCAAUUCCGUUUCCGGAAACUGAAUUUGGCGAGAAAAACGAAGUGAAUCAUGAGCUAACCGGAAGUGACGCCAAUACAAGACCUGUCCACUCAUCUUUUGCUUGGCUUGGAGUGCAACGGAAAAUAUUAGUUUGGAUCAUUGGAGUGGUUUUAGGCCAAAUGGUUUGAUCAACGUCGAUAAUGUGUUCUAAGGUAGAUGUUUUAUUAUGCAGGUGAUGUACGCACGAAUGGAAGAAGCCGAUGCGCUCAUUGAAAGCUUGAUGCAAGACAAGGAUCCUAACUUGAGGCAAAGUGGCAUGUAUACAGUAGCCAUGGCCUACUGUGGCACUGGAAACAACAAGGCCAUCAAAAGGCUCCUUCAUGUCGCUGUACGUACACGUGGUUGUAGAUUUUUCAUGUGACGCUGUCACACAACUGCCUUGUCAUUUGUUUAAAAAAGUACUUUUGCAUAACAGUGCCGCACGACCCUGCCACAAAUUCAUGCAUAAAUGUCUCGCAUACUGUCACGCAACGUUCUUGUCGCACAACAUUGGUACACACCAAUUUCUGGUUACGCAAAUCUGUCACGUUACACAGUUCCGCAGCUUUCUUGUCGUCUGAUUACUUCUGUUACGCAACGGUGUCGCUCGAGAAUGCCACACACUUCGAUGCUGCUUGUUAGAAUUGCAAGGAAACGCUUUUGGUCAUCUCUUAGUAAUCGUUCACUGGGGCGCUGACUUGUCACAAUCACUGUCACGACAUCACAGAUUAAGACUUCCUUACUUAUUGUAAAUGUUCUUUAAAUGUAAUUUUCUUGGUAUACGUAGUAUGGUAACCAGAACUUUCUACAGUAAAUUAGUGAAAAACGUUUGUUUUAUAACAGGUUAGCGAUGUCAGUGAUGACGUAAGAAGAGCUGCCGUGACGUCACUUGGUUUUCUCCUUUUUCGGUAAGCGUAAUGAAAAUAGAUCGCUUAUCAUCGAUUUUAAAAGUGCAGUGUGUAUCUCAGUUGAAUACACAUGCAAUAUCUUUGAACAAGAGACUUAGUAGUGUAGGUCAUUCGUUUCUUGUGUUUGGACUAAAGAUAGACUAGUUCGGACCCGAGUUUGGUUCUAGAUCGUUGUGUUAUGUUCUUGAUAAAGACAGUUUACUCUCGCAGUUAAUUUUCAAUUGGGGAAAUUGUUUGAUUAAAACAGCAAUUCUCAAAGCUGAAAUCACGACAAGUACAAACUGACGCUGUAGAGAAUUGAUAACGAGAUAUUGGGAAAUAAAUGGGGUAAAUUUCAUUGCAAGGUAGCUUUUGAAGACUAGUUUUCAGAACCCAAACUAAAGAAAGUGUCUCUCAACCUUGUAGAACUCCUGAGCAGUGCCCAAGUGUGGUGUCCCUGUUGUCAGAGAGUUAUAACCCUCACGUGAGAUACGGAGCAGCCAUGGCCCUGGGUAUUGCCUGCGCAGGCACUGGAUUAAAGGUAUUUCAACAGACAUAUCAGACUAACCGUAACACUGGCCGUUAUUUCCAGUCAUAAGAAGAAAGAAUAACUGUUGACUGGCGGAGAAGCGCUGCCAAAGAGUUAAACACGAGGGAACCGAGAACAAAUCUGGUUCCUACCUGGGUGGGAAACUUCAGUCAAGGCCCGAUUUCAAUUCUUGCGACCUAACCUCCCGCGCAAGCUGUUUGCUAACUUAGCCCCUUAAAACUUGUAUGAUUAUCGCUUACCAGAAGCAAUGAAGAGAAGAUACGAAGAAUAUUUUGUAGUUUGAGACUUGAAAAUCCUUGAGUGUUUCGGUCGAUGUCGAAGAAGCUCGACGUUCGUGAUCUUUACUUAUUUAUUUAUUCACUUAUUUGUUUAUUUAUUUAUUUUUUUUAAGGAGGCGAUUGCUCUUUUGGAACCCAUGACAAAUGACCCUGUGAACUAUGUGCGGCAGGUAAGAUGUAGCUCUUAGUUGUGUAAGUCCGACAUCGAACAAGUAAACAGAUGAUAUGUUGAGAAAUAAUUAUGUUUUUCUUCUUGUUACGAGCGUGAGAUAAAGAAAAAAUUCUGAGUCCCGAUGAGAUGAUAUGUUGUUAUCAAACUUUGCUGAACAAAUCAAACUUCAAAACAGAAGUGCAGGGUUUUGUUUUAGCUUUAAAUAUUUGAUAUCCCAGAAUCUUAAAUUUCUGUUUCUGUUUUACUAGGGUGCUUUAAUUGCCAGCUCCCUGGUUCUCAUCCAGCAGACGGAACUUGCGUGUCCGAAAGUAAUGAAAUUCCGCGAGAUCUUCGCAAAGGUGAUCAGCGACAAGCAUGAAGAUGUCAUUGCUAAAUUCGGCGCAACCCUAGCUCAGGGAAUCCUUGAUGCCGGUGAGUAUUUCCACCUCGCUAGUGACUGCAUUUCGUGCAUUUUGCAUGGUGCUCAUGCCUUAACGUCGCGCAUGCGAGAUGAGACAUCUUUUUGUUGUUCUUACGCAGAAAUUUCCAGUUUCAUUUUAAAGCAACGUUCGGCAAAACGAGAAUACAAGGUCUUAAGAAACAUAAAGAAAUAAAGCAUCCGCUCAUCAUCUUCUUUUACUAUUUUUUUUUUCUGUCAGGUGGACGGAACGUGACUAUCUCGCUCGAGUCUCGCGCGGGUCACACGCACAUGGCAACAGUUGUAGGACUAUUUGUAUUUACACACGUGUGGUACUGGUUCCCACUCUCUCACUUCUUGUCCUUGGCUUUUACUCCCUCGUGUAUCAUUGGACUAAAUUCCGAUUUGAAGGUAAAAACAAUGCUCUAUUUUUUAGUAAGAGAGAAACAAAUGAAGACUCCAAUGUUUCGCAGCAUUUUUAGUUUCGAUCCAAGGUUUUUGCUUGACGGUUAAGGGAGCUGUUACUUGUUAAUCAUUUCUGGGAGUUAAAGGAUUAAAACGAAAAUAUUGACUUUGGAAAUGAACUGACGAGAUGAUCCUCGCUGUGAGAUUUUACUUCGUUCCUCUUUAGGUUGUCACUUAUUUAUAUCGUGUCCUAAGAUUUUCUGUUACCUAGGCUCGGUACGGAUUUUAACCCUUUAACUCCCAAGAUCUAAUGAGCAAUUCUUCCAACUGUCGGCCAUACAGUUCUCAUGAUGUUAGUUUGGAGAAUUUGGUAUUGAAUCAACUUAUAAUCCCCUUACUGAUAUUUUUCUUUAUUCUCAUCACUUUUCUGCUUGAAAUUGUAUUGAUAUUGUAAGGAGAAAUUCUGCCUUGGUCACUCAUGGGAGUUAAAGGGUUAAACAAGUGCACUACCGUGAAUUUCUUUGUAACUAAAUUUGUUCGCAUUUUAUAUUUCAGAUGCCCAAAAUGCAGUUCAGAUCCAACGUGAAGCCAUCAAUGUACGCCUACCCUGAACCUCUGAAGCCUCCUAAGAAAGAAGAGAAGGAAAAGGUAUGUUUGUAUGAAGAGGGUCAUCAGAAAGAAGAGUCAGAUUUUGAUUUGUUAUCUUCGGCCAGGAAAUGAGAAAAUCGGUGUUCAUCCUCUAACUUGGGUAGAACUUCUUUGAAUUUGAGUUUCAAAGGCUUAAAAUUGGAAUGAAAGUCUGUGUUUUAGUACUGCUUCCUACCGUUAGCCGAAAAUGUUUCCUUUCAUCUCCCUCUUAUUUUGCCUGCGUCUCACUGAGUGAAGACGCCUAGUGGUAGCUAACCUUAUCUUUUUUUUUUUUCGUUCCCAGGUCACCACAGCAGUUUUGUCCAUCACAGCUAAGGCGAAGGCCAGAGCAAAGAAAUCCGAGGCAUCCGAUGACAAGAUGGAAGUGGUUAGCGAUUCAUUCUCCUUUUGAUUCACAGUAAUUCUAUCUUUGCUUUGUUCAAAUUUGUUUAAAGGCUUCAAGAUAGUCAUAUUUGUUUCGUCUGAAUCAUGGCGCUCUAGCACACUCGCUCCUCCACGCGCGUUUUCUGAUCAACGUACUUGGGAAAUAACUUAUUUUUAUGCACGUUUUAUUUGCUUCUCUGACAGGAUCAGGAAGCAGACAAAGGAAAAGCUUCAUCAGCUAAAAAGGUUAGCAUUAAUCUUUGUUGCGUAAAACUAAGUUUCAUCACAUAAAAUGAUAAUUCCCUAAAAUAUAACGUUGCUGUCAUCUAGCAGUGUUGCUUAAAUUAAAAAUUUUGCCCUUUAACCAAGUUACAAUUCGCUUGCUUUGUGUUCGGACCCUCCCGAAAUAUUCAUCGCCGAGUUAUCUAUCUUGAAGCUUCCCACUGUAUAACUAGACAAACUUGACGGUUUUAAAUAUUUUUUUUCGUUACGGUUCUACCAGUUUAACAGAAAAUCGCAGAAAUAGUAGCCAGCAGAAACUGCAGCAAUCUCCUACCAAUAAAACACCUCGAAACACAAAAAAAUCUCAAUCCGAAAAAAAAUAUACUCCCGCAGAAUUUCCUCGCCUCUUGGUAAAUUGCGAAAAGAUUGGGCACGGGGCUUAAUUCAUCUUUUCAAUUUUUAAAACAUUUUGUAGGAGAAAGAAGGCGAGAAAGACAAGUCCGAGGAAGAAUCAACUGUUGAAAAGAGUGAAAAGGAAAGUAGCGAGAAAAUGGAAGAAGACGAACCUGACUUUGAAUUGUUAGAGAACCCGGCAAGAGUUCUACCCGCACAGGUUUGUGCAGUCACCUUCGCUUCUUUUUUUUUUUUUUUUUUUUUUUCCUCGUCAUUAGUUGUGAAUUAAGAAAUGAACGAAACUAGAAAUAUUUUGAAGCUUUAGGUUGCUAGAUAAAGAGCUUUAGCGAGUAUCCCGCCUUGAUUGCGGUUUUCUGUUUGUGUUAUUUAUCCCUUCCAGACGUCAUGUGCAUAUUGUUUCGAAAUUAUCUUUUGACAUCUUCCAGUUUUGAUCCGCGCCGCAUGUUGUGUGGUUUUUUCCCCUUGAUUAUUCGCCGAGUGUGAAUUUUGUCAUUUUUGUGGUUAUUUUGAUUUGAGAUACACAGACUGGUACACCGGAGUGAAAAUUGAAAACUCGUGUAGCAAGAGGUUCAAGUGGUGUUCUACCUCGGCAAAAAUGUGAAACUAAUGCUGUUACCAGCGACGCAUUAACGAAGAUUGUUUCUCUCUUUAUCAGCAUGUCUUCUUGUUGUAUGCGAUUAACUAUUGCCAUGAAUUGGUGUAUUUGUAUGCAUUGAAAUUUGAUUUUUUAAGAAGUCUCGCUGCAUCAAGGUUGUUUUAUAUUCUACACAGGGCGUGAAAUUAAUUUUUUUUUCUGAUAGCCACUUGGCUUCUAAAUUCUUCAAAGUGGUAGCCAAUUAAAAAAAAGUUGGUCGCCAUUUUCAAAGACAAACAAAACCUUUUUUUACGCUGUCAACGUUUAAGAUAGACCCUCCAAAAUUAAUUUAGGGAAAAGAUCACUAACAUUCUACAAAGUGGACACUAGGAUGGAUGAUAUACAACCUUCAAGCUCACCUAAAUCCAAGAUGGCGUCUAGUUAUCGAUUGAGAUACUUGAUCUGAGUUUUGGAAACAAACUUAACGAGGAAGUUUGCCGCGGAUUUAUCUUUGCAAAUCUUUUUGAUUUACUAUAUCUCUCGGUGAGGUUGUGAAGAAACAUUCUAGUCGCCAAUUUGGCGACUAAUUUUCAAGGUUCGGUCGCCAAAGGGAAAAAUUUAGUCGAUGCUAACAUCUUUCUUUCCGCAGCUCAAGGUUAUCUCCCUACCAGAAGACAGCCGAUACAGGCCUCUAAAACCGGUAAGCUUUACUUGAAGCUUUUGAUUCAAGUUAUCUUAAAUGGUGUUAUCCGUUUGUUCUCAGAAAGGAUUAAGGGGAACUCGGAGGUUUUUUUUUUUUUCGAAGCCCCUCGUGAUUUUCCAAUAAAAGGAGUCCUUGCGGUUUGUUCAACUCUUUACACUCAAACAUCAAUGUGCAUAUUCUCCAUACUGUUCGCUGGACAUUUCCUGAGGCGCUGACAAGGAGACUUUACUUCACAAUUAAGAGCUUCUGUAGUUGAAGAUCAUUUCCUUUUUUCUUGUGACCCCAAUGGUUGAUUCGAGGGUAAUAUUGUAAGGAGAAAUUAAAUGCUAAUCACUCUUAGGAGUCAGAGGGUGAACUCCUCGAGGAGAUAGCUUUUAAGAAUAAGUUAGCGGUCAUAGCUCUUCCCUUAGCAUUGCGCUAAUGGCUUAGUAACUUUUAUGAUUUUUUUUUUCACUGUAGGUUAACAUCGGAGGAAUUGUGAUGAUGACUGACUCCAAAUCUGAUGAGCCCGAGGACUUGAUCGAACCUCUUCCUGGUAAUAAAUCUCUCAGUAACUUACAGAAAUUUACUACCACAGUCGAACCAUCCGUCUGCGGACAUUUUCGAGGAAAGAUGAAAUUUUUAUUAGAGAAUUUCCCUCCAUUAGUAUUAUGACACAUUAGACAUAUUGCUCAAGUCCAACUGUAUCUCACCAAUACGGUUUUAUUAUGUUUCGCUGCAAAUGAUACUCUGCUCAUGCGAAGUUGUGCCCACACUCGUCUGUGGAAAGAGGCUGGUCACUGCCUUAAAGCUGUCAGAGAGCUGAAUGUGAACAACGAUUUCGUUCACAUAAAAAAAAAUACGUUCAAAAUUGUUUGAAUAUAUCUAAACCUUGUAUUGGAUUCUCUCCUUUCCCUCAAUAAAUCUUCAAUCUUCGAUGCAUCAAUGUAUUCUCCACACAUUGGAGUUAAUCGUAACCGUUUACAAUUUCCUGAAAUAUAACUGUUGCAUCUACUGCUUUAUUUUUUAUGAAUCAUUCUGUACAGUUGUAAUCGGACAGCGUAGUCGAACAAUUGGCUGUAAUUAGACACUUGUAAGCGGACAGUUGAAGCAGCCAGUCAUACUAAGACCACUCAGUUAAAUCCACCAAUCACACAAUAACGUUAGCAACGACCACUUAUCCUGGGGAAUAAAAAGACCCGGGGAACUUUUUUACUUUAGACAUUGUCUACCAGAGAUGUUUGUAUGUUUGUCCUAAAUUUUUUUUUUUUUUUAUUUUGGAAAUUGUAACGGUUAUGAUUAAUUGGUAACAGGACUUCCUGUCGUCCAAUUCUGUCUGUGAUAAAACGGACUCCCGCUUCGCGGUCGUUCGAUUUUGUUAGUUACUUGUAUGAUUACGGACCGAAUAAGACUCCACUCGGUCCUAUUACCUUUAUUAAUCCUUUAAUUCCUAAGAUCUCAUUAGUAAUUCUCUUAACUGUUUGCCACAUGAUUCUCAUUAUGUUAGUUUGGAGAAUUUGGUAUCGGAUCAGUUAGCAACUCCAUAAUUGAUAUUUUUCGUUAUUCUCAUCACUUGUCUGCAUGAUAUUGUAUAGAUAAAGUAAGAAGAAAUUUUGUCUUGGUCACUCACGGGAGUUAAAGGGUUAACUACGAUGAGCUUAUUUUGAUUUUUAUUUCUCUGUUAGCUUCCUCACCCAUGGGUAUUGGCACUGAAGAAGACGAAGACGAACCUGAACCUCCAGAACCGUUUGAGUACGUCGACGAAGAUUGA